UCAUGUGACCAUCCUCCAACUGGAGUUUCCACGACAGCUGGGAGCCGUGCGAUACCUCCUCGCGUAUUGCUUUCUUAAAGAAUACGUAGGGACUGUCCUUAUUUCAACAUCCGCAAACAAACUUUUGGCGGCAUGGGAGACAAGAAGAGUCCAACCAGGCCGAAGCGUCAACCAAAGCCUUCGGCGGAAGAGGGAAAUUGGGACUGUAGCGUUUGCACAUACAAGAACACCGCGGAGGCUUUCAAGUGCAUGAUGUGCGAUGUAAGGAAAGGGACGUCAACACGGAAGCCUCGUCCUGUCUCCCAGCUGGUUGCUCAGCGGGUAGCGCCGCAGUUCGCCUCGCCCACGCUGCUGCCCAAGAAGGACAAGAAGGACAGAACGGACCAGGAGAAGAAUGACAAAGAGCCCACAGUGAAGAAGAACAACCACAAGAAGAUGAGGCCCAGGUUAAAAAACAUUGACAGGAGCAGCGCUCAGCACCUAGAGGUCACGGUUGGAGACCUGACUGUCAUCAUCACAGACUUUAAGGAGAAAACCAAACCUCCCCCCUCCUCCACCACCACCACACCCCCCACCUCUACCACCCCCUCCAGCACUGUGUCUGUGUCUGCAGAACACCACAGUGGCUCCAGCUCAGACAACAACACUGAGAGAGGGGUCUCACGGUCAUCUUCACCCCGGGGAGAGGGCUUCUUAGUCGGGACAGAGUCCCACUAGACCACCCCAAUUGGAACCCCAGCCUCCCUCCCCAAGUUGGAGGCCCUGGACCACCAAACUCCUAGCCCAACAGACCCUCAGACCUCUAACCCCUAGACCUUGGCCUGGAUCCCCAACCCCUAGACCUUGGCCUGGAUCCCAGACACCGAGACCUUGGCCUGGAUCCCCAACCCCUAGACCCUGGCCUGGACCCCCAACCCCUAGACCCUGGCCUGGACCCCCAACCCCUAGACCUUGGCCUGGAUCCCCGACACCGAGACCUUGGCCUGGAUCCCCAACCCCUAGACCUUGGCCUGGAUCCCCGACACUGAGACCUUGGCCUGGAUCCCCAACCCCUAGACCUUGGCCUGGAUCCCCGACACUGAGACCUUGGCCUGGAUCCCCAACCCCUAGACCUUGGCCUGGACCCCCAACCCCUAGACCUUGUCCUGGAUCCCUGACCCCUAGACCUUGGCUAUGACUACUCAUGGCUUAACAUAGGCCACUCUAACCUCACUCCUCUGUCCUCAACUCUGAUAUGUAAUGUUAUCUCUGGACUUGCACAUUUACUGUAGUACUAGCUACAGGUUACAGCUAGAUCAACACAUUUAGCAGCUACAGGUUACAGCUAGAUCAACACAUUUAGCAGCUACAGGUUACAGCUAGAUCAACACAUUUAGCAGAUACAGGUUACAGCUAGAUCAACACAUUUAGCAGCUACAGGUUACAGCUGGAUCAACACAUUUAGCAGCUACAGGUUACAGCUAGAUCAACACAUUUAGCAGCUACAGGUUACAGCUAGAUCAACACAUUUAGCAGAUACAGGUUACAGCUAGAUCAACACAUUUAGCAGCUACAGGUUACAGCUAGAUCAACACAUUUAGCAGCUACAGGCUACAGCUAGAUCAACACAUUUAGCAGCUACAGGUUACAGCUGGAUCAA